AUGUCGAACGAGAAUGGACAAACCACUUCUUCCACAAUACAAAAUACCUCACAAAAUAAAAUAACUAAACAAGAUAAAUUAAAAAUUAUUUUAAGGGUCGGAUUAAUGAUAUUCUUUGAAAUCGCUCUCCCAUUUGCUCUUUAUUAUACUCUUAAAAAUUAUUUGCGAGACAUAUGGGCAUUGCUCAUAUCAGGUAUUCCACCAUUUAUUAUCGCUAUAUACGGACUUAUAAGUAGAAGGCGUGCGGACAUUAUAGGAGUAAUAGUAGUACUCAGUUUUAUUCUCAGUGCUAUAGCGUCAUUAAUAAAAGACGAUCCACGAAUUCAGUUAUUACGAAGAUCUGCGAUUACGUGUAUCAUUAGUGCAGUAUUAAUCAUUAGUUUAAUUCCAAUAAAAAUUGGUACCUUUAAAAUGAAACCAUUAGCAUUUUAUUUUCUUAAAGAUAUGGCGACAGGUGGAUCCUUUGGUUAUUCAAAUUCAAAAGUUAACCUUCCAGGUUUAACGGAAGAUGAACCUAUUGAUGCACGUUGGGACAGAUAUUGGGCUUCUUACCAAUAUUUUCGACGUGGUAUUAUAAUUAUGACAGCUAUGUGGGGAUUUGGGCUUCUUUCUGAGGUUCCAAUUCGUGUUAUUAUUAUUUACAAAUUAUCAUCAAUUGAUCAAGCAUUUCUUUUGGUAAACGUAAUACAUUAUAUUUAUUUAAUUAUAAUGGGACUAUUAACUCUUGUUUGCGCUGGAUGGAUGAAGAAACAAAGUGAUAAAAUAGCUGCUGAUGAUGUUUCUGAUUCUGAUAAGCCUCCAGAGUAA